CUCCAGCACCCCUAUGAUUUGAAUCUUCUUCCACCUUCACCCUCCACGCACAGAUCUAAAAAUCAAUUCACCUUUCGCCGUCCCAAACGCUUCCCACCAAAAUUCUCAUCCUUAAUUCAUAAUGCCUUUUCAUGUUUGAAGUGGUACUCCAGUAACUCCACGCCUUGGCUUUAUAGAAGCAGGUCAUUUACAAUAUGAAGCAUUUUUCAAUUUAUAUGCACAGUGGCGAGUUACUUUUGUGAAAAUUUAUGGGGAGAUUUCCAUCUCAUCAACAGUUGGUCACGGCGGCAGCGGAUCCACAACCCUGGAGACGGCUUCAGCAACCUAUCCACGUCCGGCCACGGCAGCUCGACGUCCAACGGCCGUUUGUCUUCAAACUUGGCAACUUCUCCAAGAACCACGGCAGCCGCUUCACCUGCUCCAAGAUCUACGGCACAUGCACAGACUCCAAGAAUGGUUGCUGCUCUCCAAGAAAAUAGUCACAUUGACAGGCCUUGGGCCAACGGUGGCUGUCUGUUUCCCCCGCAAAAACGGCGGUACCCAAGUUCGGCGCCCCUACGGCGAGCAGCUCCCUUGCGCUUGGCGGCUCCUUCGCGGCUCAGCAAGCCUAUCGCGUCCAGCGGCUCUCCGCCAGCAACUCAGCGGCUUUGUCAUCCAGCAGCUCGUUUAUUUUAGCAACCAGCAAGUCGCCGUCCUCAAGCAACUCCACCGCGCCGAACCAACAGCUUCAAUUCCCUCAGCAGCAGCGGCCUGCCUCCAGCAGCUCACGUCGACAACUUCAAAGGCAGUAUCAAAUCCCACCACCAUGGCAGACCUCCCUUCGGCUUUUAAAAAGCCGUUGGUCCUUUAUCUUGCUCCCAAUGCAGUGACUGAAUUUUUUGCAAGAAACCGUAACCUUGACAACGGGCUCUCCUAAGUUGGUAACUGCAGGCACCAACUUUUCUAAUUUUGCGGCUCAAAAAGCCAGCUUCUAAUGCCUUUGCCAUAGGAUCCACAUCCAACCUUUUGACUGGCACAAGUUCUGAAUUAGUCACGCCAGCUCGACUAUUCCAAUUUAUCCUCUUCUGGAAGGGUUUGCCAAUGGGAGAGAAAAGAAUGAAGUAAAUGGCAUUGUUAGAUCCUGUCUUUUUCAAAUUUCAACCUUUGCAUGUCGCCAUCCAAGAGAAACAUCAUGUCAUGAAUUUAUAGGCUGUUUGCUCAGAAGUUGGGAAAGUGAAGUCUGCUUGCGAUCAAAAUGAGAUGAGCCGAAGUGUAACAUAUCUUUUCGAAUUCUCCUCUAUCUCACUUGUCGCAUACUGCUCAAAAACUCUUCCACCAACUUUGAUACUAUUUAGCAGUAUUUGUAUAUCGAACUAAUUAAGUAGUUGAUAAUUGUAAUACUUUAGUACCUUUAAAGGUUGUUGGAUGAUUUUCCUUGUAUUUAUUUCAGAGGAUGUUUUCUCA